AUGUGGAAGCUGCCGGCCACUAAUUCGGCCAGACACAGGAAUCGUAAUCGAACGGUCAAGAGUAGGGCCAGGGUGUAUGCCGACGUGAAUCAGCACAGGCCCAGGGAGUACUGGAAUUACGAAGCCCUCAAUGUGCAGUGGGGUGACCAGGAUGACUACGAGGUGAUACGAAAGGUGGGAAGGGGCAAGUACAGCGAGGUGUUCGAAGGCCUCAAUUCGGUCACGUCAGAGAAGUGCAUCGUGAAAAUCCUCAAACCAGUGAAAAAGAAGAAGAUCAGGCGCGAGAUCAAGAUCCUCCAGAAUCUGUGCGGUGGCCCCAACAUCAUCAAACUCAUGGACGUCGUGCGCGACCCGCAUUCCAAGACGCCCAGCCUCAUCUUCGAAUUCGUCAACAACACUGACUUCAAGAUCCUGUACCCCACGCUCAGCGACUACGACGUGCGUUAUUACCUCUACGAACUUCUCAAGGCUUUGGACUACGCCCACUCGAACGGCAUCAUGCACCGGGACGUGAAGCCACACAACGUGAUGAUCGACCACUCCAAGCGGAAGCUGCGGCUCAUCGACUGGGGUCUGGCCGAGUUCUACCAUCCGGAGCAAGAGUACAACGUGCGCGUCGCCUCGCGCUACUUCAAGGGACCCGAACUGCUCGUCGACCUCCAGGACUACGACUACAGCCUCGACAUGUGGAGCUUAGGCUGCAUGUUUGCUGGCAUGAUCUUCCGCAAGGAACCGUUCUUCCAUGGACACGACAACCAGGAUCAGCUGGUCAAGAUCGCCAAGGUGCUGGGCACGGAGGGGCUCUACGCCUACUUGGACAAGUACACCAUCGUGCUCGACCCCCAUUUCCAAUCGAUGAUUGGAAGGCAUUCGCGGAAACCGUGGAAGAAGUUUGUCACGAACGAGAACAAGCACCUGGCGGUGCCGGAGGCCAUCGACUUCCUGGACAAGCUGCUGCGCUACGACCACCAGACGCGUCUCACGGCCAAGGAGGCCAUGAACCACCCCUACUUCUACCCCGUACGGGAAGCCAGCGUGUAA